AUGAAUUUUGCUCACGCGGAAGCUCGAAGACUUGCUCAAACAUUUGACGAGAUGCAUUUCGCCGAUGCCACAACCAUUGCAUUAUUGGCACCUAUUGCCGUCUUAGCAGCGCCGCCGAUCGAACGCGAUGUUGACCAUCACAAGUUCAAGUUUGAGGACUUCAAAGGUCAGCUCGAUGCGAAUGGCAAGAAGGUUUCCCAGCGAAGUAGUUCCGACGAAGACAUCCUCAAGCGCAACAAUGAUUACGUCUCUAGCUGCGGGUCCGAGUGGGUGUCUGUAGGUGACUUUGUUAAUGGCCGAUAUUGGCUCGGCUACAGCUCAGCUGUCGAUGCUUUCUGCACACACAUCACCACCGACUACGAUGGAGAGGCCGCAGUCAUUGGUCCCAAAGCAUACGCGGGCACCACCAUCCGCACCAACGACCUAGGAGACCAGAUUGGUCUCUCCGGUGGCAAGAACCCGACGGACAAGAACACUCAGGUUCUACCAGGCCACAUCGAAUUUGAGAUUCAUAAUAAGCAGGAUACUGGAGACCACACCCCAGACUUGGCCAAUUGCAAGCUGUAUCUCAAGAAGAUGGCAGACCCCAACGCCAACGGCAAAAAUUGCUAUGGGAAGAACAACAAGGAUUCGAAGGGCGGUACUUGGCAGAUCGGCAACGACAAGAUCUCUUACCACGCUCUACCUGGCAAGAACUAG